AUGGGGGAGAAAGCCUACAUGAAGAGUCAGCAAGGAGCAGGAAGGUAAGGUAAGGUAAGAAAAGGAGAAGGAACAGAAAUGAGCAGGAAGGGACAUCAAGGAGCAGAAAGGGGCAGCAAGGAGCUGGAAGGGACAGCAAGGAGCUGGAAGGGACAGCAAGGAGCACAAAAGGUAAAGUAGGAGAAGGAGCACAAAGGAACAGAAAUGAACAGGAAGGGUCAGCAAGGAGCUGGAAGGUAAAGCAGCACAAAGGUAAAGUAGAAGGAGCAGAAAGGGUCAGAAAUGAGCUGGAAGGGGCAUAAGGAGCACAAACGUAAAGUAGGAGAAUGAGCAGGAAGGGGCAGCAAGGAGCAGAAAGGGACAGCAAGGAGCACAAAGGUAAAGUAGGAGAAAGAGCAGAAAGGGACAGCAAGGAGCACAAAGGUAAUGUAGAAAAGGGAGCAGAAAGGGAUCAGAAUGAGAAAGGAGCAGAAGGGCGCAAAAUAAGCAGAAAGUAGCAGAAAGGUAAAAGAGCAGAAAGGGCCAAGGAUAGAAAACAGUGUCAGAAGAUAAAAAAAGACUGUCAAAUGAAGGAGAGGAAAAGGAGAUUGGAGCAGGAAGGACAAAUGAAGUGAACCUCCACUUUAUUCUGGACACCACAUCAUAAGGCUUUGGUACCUGGGCCAGGCAGGGAAACGCUGGACCUUCUCAUCUCCAAAGGUAAAAAAAUAUCACUAUUAAUGUGCUCACUUUUAUUUACUGAGUGUCAGGAAGCACAGAGUGCCGUUGGGUAGGGGUGUUGCUGAUUCAUAAAAACUAUUUUAUGAACCGGGAACUAGCGAUUGGCUUAGAGCGUCAACUGUCCACUCUAGCCAGUCAGCGGCACCCAUGCCUGACGUCAAUCUGCACUUCCUGACACUCUGUUUCAGAAGCCAAAUACCACUGAGCAACCUGGAGCUGGAGGAAGCCUUUGGGGUUAAACCAUUUGAGAGCGAUUUAACCCCUUAAAGGAAAGCGAGCACCCAGGGGCUUCCAGGCAUCAUAGCAUUUUCAUUUAGGUGAAGUUGUAAUGGUGACCAGAAUGGUCCUUUAAUUUGCUUAAAGGAACACUAUAGUGUCAGGAAUACAAGCAUAUAUUCCUGACACCAUAGUUGUGAAAACGCUAUUCACCCUGUCUUUAUGUGAUAAUGGCUAUGCCCCUUCCCUUUCAUGACACUGUCAAAAAGGUGGAUGUCAUUACAAUUAUGCCCCCCCCUGGAAAAAUUCCUGCGGACGCCCAUGUCUAUAAUUCCUGAACACAGGUAGGUACUGGUAAUGAGGCUUGAAGCAGCAGCUAUUAUUUCAUUGUAAGAAAUAUGAUCCCAAUUUGAAGGUUUACUUAUAGAGAUUGCUAGAAAGGAGCGGUAUCAGACUAUUCACAGAAUACAAUUUAUAAAGAAUCCCAGUGUUGGGGUUUAUUCAGUGAAUUCACACACUGGCCGAGCUGGAAUAUUCAAUAGCUGGAACACUUGAAAUAUUUUGGCCUACAUUUUGCAUUUUUUUCCCUGCAUCUGGCAAUUGAGUGAAUUAGCCAGGGACAGUUUAUCGUAGGAUGUCUUCCUCAUACAAGCUCGCUAUUUAUUGGACAUCAUUUCUAUACUGUCUGUAGACUAAUGAAUUGUUCUAUUCAGACAUAGAAAGGUGUUUGUUUCCGUACGUUUUUACACAGUAUGUCUUUUUAUUAUGUAUCUACCCACCAGCCCUUGCUCCUCUUUUCUUUGUAGCAUGUUUGUCCAACUGCCUCUAACCUCACCUGAUUAAAGGAUACCUGUCAUGACAAAGGGACACUAUAAGCACUAUAACCACUACCAAUUGCUGUAGUGUUUUCAGUGCGUGGACCUGUAUGUGCAAUGUUUCUUCUUGAACUGCUGCCAUUUAUUUCAGUAUUUUGCAAGGGGUGUAUCUCCACCACUGGCAUGUGUUACUCUGGAAGCUCCGAAUGACACUUCCAUGCUAUGUAACGAUAUGUAACCAUGCUUUUUGCUGGGAGUUUUAAUAUAAUUACGGUGAACCCUUGUUACUGUAGGUUGUCAGGCAUGAAGGUGCGCAAUGAGAUUCACCAUUUGUGAAUGAGAAAUAGGUGGUGCCUCUACAAGAAGCACAAACACACUUUAUGUUCAGUGUUUCUCUAUGAGAACAUAUGAUUGGACGAUGCACAGUACUAACUUAGCAGUCAGUGUGGGUAGAAAUCAGUCCCAAUGUGCUGUAUAUGAGCUUAACAAUACUUCCUUUUCUUUUAGCUCUCAGGCUCCAAUCGCCACCUCUGCACAGGCUUCUGAAGGUAGCGAUAUCGCUGGGAGAGACCGAUACAGGUUCUUUGAAAGGUAUGCGAGGGCAUGUAAUAACAAAACCUUCUAAUGGAGACUGUUCGAAGUUAUCCACAUUACAUUUCACUCCACACACACAGCUUCUUUCUAAGACUUACUCUUUUAUUACACAUUCUUUUUAAACAUAGUGAUACAGCUCAAAGAAAUCACCUUCUUGCGUUCUGUUCAAUAAACAUGGAAUUGACAUCUGCGCCAAAACAUUUAAAACAAAACAAAAAUUUUAAUAAAUCUGAUUUUUUAUUUUUUUCCCCUAACUUUAGCUAGUGCAUUCUGAAUCCCAGUUUGAUGAAUAAAUCAUUUUAAAUUCAAAUUAAACCUUUUACAAAGCAUUCUUUGAGAGCUAGGGUCAUACCUGGUUCAUGGGUAAGGAUAUAUCUGAAUAAUUACCUGUGUAAUUAAAGGUGUCAUUAUAUGUCGAAUAUUCCGUGUUCAACCCAGAAUGCCAUGAAUCCUCCCUUUAGGCCAUGUCUCCCUCUCUGUGUCAGCUUGUUGGGCUGUAUUGAGCAGACUUCACACACUCUGGCCCUCCAGAUGUUGUCGAAGAGCUACUAUUCCCUGGAUUCUAUGCCCAAAACAAUUCUGGGAAUUGUUGGCAAUCACCAACAGUCUGAAUUGAGAUCCCAGGUAUAGAGUAUGUGAACACUGCUUUAUUAUAGACAUAGAAACAUAGAAUGUAAAAGCAGAUAAGAACAGUUUGGCCCAUCUAGUCUGCCCAAUUUUCUAAUUACUUUCAUUAGUCCCUGGCCUUACCUUAAAGGGACACUGUAGGCACCCAGAUCACUUCAGCUAAUUAAAGUGGUCUUGGUGCUGUGAUCCUUUUGCACCUAGUUCUGCAAUGUUAAACAUUGCAGUUCCAGAGAACUGCAAUGUUUAAAUUGCAGCUCUAAGUCUGCCCUCUGUUACUGUCUAACAGACAGCCACUAGAGGGCAUCCAUCCCACGCAUGUUUAACCCCUUAAGGACCAAACUUCUGGAAUAAAAGGGAAUCAUGACAUGUCACACAUGUCAUGUGUCCUUAAGGGGUUAAACUCCCUUACUGUGUGAACCUCUACCACUUCAGCUGGAAGGCUAUUCCAUGCAUCCACUACCCUCUCAGUAAAGUAAUACUUCCUGAUAUUAUUUUUAAACCUUUGUCCCUCUAAUUUAAGACUAUGUCCUCUUGUUGUGGUAGUUUUUCUUCUUUUAAAUAUAGUCUCCUCCUUUACUGUGUUGAUUCCCUUUAUGUAUUUAAAUGUUUCUAUCAUAUCCCCCCUGUCUCGUCUUUCCUCCAAGCUAUACAUGUUAAGAUCAUUUAACCUUUCCUUGUAAGUUUUAUCCUGUAAUCCAUGAACCAGUUUAGAAGCCCUUCUCUGAACUCACUUUCCAUAUUAGUGUCCUUUGUGCAUUUGGGAUUGUUGCUAUUUUGUAAUAAUCAUUGUUCUGUUACACUGUAUAUUGCUCUAGGCCUCUGGUCCCAUUUACUCAGCAGAUGGCACCCAAUGUGCUCCUGGCUGUUUCUAGGUGAGUAGCUUGCCAAUCCUGAAUUAUUUCUCUCUCUCUAUACAUAGGUAUCCUCUAGAUUAGGGGUAGGCAACCUAUAGCAAUGCACGGCACUCGAGGUAUCUUUGCAUGGCACUCAAGGCUGCUGGAGCCAAACAGGCUCUGGCCUAUCAAAAGUCACAGGGGAACUUCACAUAUCAGCUAAGGCGAAAAGAUGGGGAGGUACAAUCCUCAAUGUAUGCAUUGCAGCACAUAGAGGUAGUGAUCUCAGAUCACUUUCUUUCCAGCACUUGUAAAUGUGAAUCUGUAGAGCAGCCUGCAGCAGCUAUCGCAGUUUCUGCCCUUACCUGGCCAGCACGGCCCCCACUGGACCCAAGGGAAGCCACCCACACUGCUAGAUAUACACAGACAUGCAGAAUAACCCUCCCCUCAUACAAAUAAUACAAACAGCUCACACACAAACACACGCUGUCCGAGUAGCGGUCACCCCUUGAGAGGCUGGGGUGUUCACCGCCUGAGAAGUCCUUCUCCCCUUGUGUGGGUAGCGCUGCAGUAUUCCCAAGUCAAUAUCCAAGUAGACCAUGAAUCCAGUAUAGCUCUACAGCUCCUAUAAGAGCUAGUGGUUAUAGCAGUUAUAGCUGUUCCCUACAAUCAUGAGACGAGGCUGCGUGUUGAUUGUGAAGUGAACUGAUUUUAACGGAGCCGCCUUUUAUGACAAUCCCCAUGCAAGUGGUACUCCCACAUGGACCUGAUGGUAGACUGAAUUACAAAGUCACCAGCCAAUGACAACAGUGUUACAAUGCAUGACACUCCCAUACAUAUCAUACAAUCCCUCCCCUCUGCCUGGCAGAGUCAGAUACUGUAUUAACUCAAUUAUCUCCAGGCAAAAAAGAACACAAUUUACAGGCAACCCGAAAGUACCCCAAAACCUCUCAUAAACCCCAUAGCCAACAUAUCCAAAAAUCACCCAGAUCGUUUCAGGUGUUUAGGGUAUUUUUUUGACCAAAUGCCGCCUUCAUCGGAUGAAUAUGCACGAACACAGUCGAGUAUGGAAAUCUCAGCGGUGUUCGGGUCGUUGAGUGUCCGAUAAUAGUUUCAUGCACUCGAUGACCAAACACCACUGGAAGCGUUCGUCCAUACAAACGGUUGCCACCCAGUCGACCACUUAGAAUGUUCAAGUGUUUGCAGUUAGAGUAAGUGUUAGUGGGGUUAAAUGGGUCAACUAGCGGCACACGACUGUUCUGGGUGGUCCAAGUGUUCGGUACUUUGUUCGGUAAACGAAUCAGAAGAGGAAAUCUGUUCGGUUAGAUUUGUAUACCGAGCUAGUUAAAGGACCACUAUAGUGCCAUAUACAUAACAUACUCAUUUUCCUGGCAAUAUAGUGCCCUCAGGGUGCCCCCACCCGCCCGGCUCUGGGGAGAGGAAAGGGUUAAAACUUACCUUUUUUCCAGCGCCGGGGGGGGAGCUCUCCUCCUCUCUCCGCCUCCGAUCCUCCCUUUCGGCUGAAUGCGCACGCGCGGCAAGAGCUGCGCGCGCAUUCAGCCGGUCUCAUAGGAAAGCAUUUACAAUGCUUUCCUAUGGACGCUUGCGUGUUCUCACUGUGAUUUUCACAGUGAGAAUCACGCAAGCGCCUCUAGCGGCUGUCAAUGAGACAGCCGCUAGAGGAUUUGGAGGCUGGAUUAACCCUAUUAUAAACAUAGCAGUUUCUCUGAAACUGCUAUGUUUAUAAAUAAAAGGGUUAAUCCUAGAGGGACCUGGCACCCAGACCACUUCAUUAAGCUGAAGUGGUCUGGGUGCCUAGAGUGGUCCUUUAAGCAAAAUUAUCCUCCAGAAACGGGUAUAUGUUACAGUCCACAGAAACACAACACCAAUAUGCUAAAUACACAUACGCAACACCACAAGCAGUCUCUCCCAUGCAAUACCCCAACAGCCCCACACAUACACACACCACCAAACACACAAUUCCACAAGCAGUGCCCAUACACAGCUGACAUUCCUAGGUAUCACACACAAUACCACAAACUACUCAUGAACAUAUGCAAUAUAACAGCUCAUAUACGCACAAACACCACGAUAUAAAGCAACUGCAGUAUAAAUAACACAAGCAGAAUACGGCAACACCUCAAUUAAAAAAAAAAACGCUACGGGACAUCACAAUCUUAUUUUGGCACAGUACUGCUAAAAGGUUGCCUACCCCUGCACUAGACUGAAAGUUCAUUUGAGCAGGGUCCUCAUUUACCUAUUGUUCCUGUGUCACUGUGUAAUUGUCUAAUUUAUAGUAAAAUGUUCCCCCUCUCAUGAUAUUGUAAAGCGCUGCGGAAUUAGUUGGCGCUAAAUAAAUACCAAUUAUAUAUAUAUAUAUAUAUAUAUAUAUAUAUAUAUAAAACUUCUUGCCCCUUUCCUUGCUGUCCUUCAAUAUAAAGUAUGCCUCGGUGCAAUCCCGCGUUAAAAUUUCAUUUGCCUCUAUGUGUGUAUAUAUAAUGUAUAGGAAGGGGCUUAAUGUAUAGUGUCUGUCACCAAGCUGUCAAAAUGAUAGCAAAUAUUGGGGAAUUUAUUCUUUAAGUGUAUAGGACUAUUCCAGAAAUCAUGAAGCUAUAUUGUAACCGUUCGUACUCCAAUUUACCGCUAUAACGUCUUAUAACUUAGAAUUUAGCAGGGCUAACCAUACAGAUAUCUUAGCUAAAAUAUUGUAAUCUUUAUUUGGACUAGACGUUAGGAUGACAUAGGCAAAGCCUUGAAUUGUUAUUGCAUUAAAUUAAGACAAGAUGGAGUAAACAUGUUGUGUACUGUAAAUAGGUAAAAGGUUAUUAGUUAAAGAAACAGUUGCAGUUUAAAGAAAUACAAUGUAGCAAUAUGUUUUAUACCCACAAUUGCCCAUCACAAUAUCUGCCAGUUAUAUCCUUCCUGCCUUUUAUAUCUAAAUGGGUGCUGAAAAUCAUUUAAUCUGUUUGUUUGUCAGGGCUGAUCACAGCCCCCGCACACCAAGAGCACCCACUCCCCUGGUCCGUACAGUGGGGAUUCAAACCGAUUACCGAGAUAGUGAGGCACAGACUGACCCCUACACUCCAGAAUUUAUAGUGCGUCCUGGAUCAGUCCCUGAGCUGCUCACCCUGGCCAAUCUCACGUGGGGUAAGUGUUACCUAUAGCUUAAUCUCAACUACAGUUACUGUAGAACUGUAUGUUCCAGGCGUAUCUCUAUAGCUGUAUAACGCCUAGAACAUACAGUUACUGUGCCUGCAUUGUCUAUAUAGCUGUGUAGAGAUACGCCUAGGACAUACAGUUACUGUGCCUGCAUUAUCUAUAUAGCUGUGUAGAGAUACGCCUAGGACAUACAGUUACUGUGCCUGCAUUAUCUAUAUAGCUGUGUAGAGAUACGCCUAGAACAUACAGUUACUGUGCCUGCAUUGUCUGUAUAGCUGUGUAGAGAUACGCCAAAAACAUACAGUUACUGUGCCUGCAUUGUCUAUAUAGCUGUGUAGAGAUACGCCUAGGACAUACAGUUACUGUGCCUGCAUUGUCUGUAUAGCUGCGUAGAGAUACACCUAGGACAUACAGUUACUGUGCCUGCAUUAUCUAUAUAGCUGUGUAGAGAUACGCCUAGGACAUACAGUUACUGUGCCUGCAUUGUCUGUAUAGCUGCGUAGAGAUACACCUAGGACAUACAGUUACUGUGCCUGCAUUAUCUAUAUAGCUGUGUAGAGAUACGCCUAGGACAUACAGUUACUGUGCCUGCAUUGUCUAUAUAGCUGUGUAGAGAUACGCCUAGAACAUACAGUUACUAUGCCUACAUUGUCUGUAUAGCUGUGUAGAGAUACGCCUAGAACAUAGUUACUGUGCCUGCAUUGUCUAUAUUGCUUUGUAGAGAUACGCCUAGAACAUACAGUUACUGUGCCUGCAUUGUCUAUAUAGCUGUGUAGAGAUACGCCUAGAACAUACAGUUACUGUGCCUGCAUUGUCUAUAUUGCUUUGUAGAGGAAAUGUUGCAGUGUAAGCAUGCAGAAGCCAAACACAGAAAUAUUGGACACAGGUCUUCAGGAAGUAACAGGCCUUUAUUCACAUUACCGAUCGGGUCUCAGAUGAACUCCUGUUUCAACAUUCUGAGAGACCAACACAUAGUGUACAUUCCUUAUAUAGCACUAUAACUCCUCCCAUUAAUAGCUACACCCACAUACACCUUUAACCAAUCAAUGAGCAGAAUAUAGACUUGUACAUCUAGUCAAACCACAUGGCUCAUCCAAGACAAAGGAAAUAAGUGCAAUUUCAGUUCCUGCACAUGCUCAGUACACUGAUGACAGUAUCCUAGCUACAUGUAGCUAACCAACUGACACAACAUACACAUAUGCCACAUGGAGAUUUUGGCCUACUAAAUUUUAACCAUGCUGGAAUCCCAUCACAAUACGCCUAGAACAUACAGUUACUGUUUCUGCAUUGUCUAUAUAGCUUUGUAGAGAUACGCCUAAAACUUACAGUUACUGUGCCUGCAUUGUCCAUAUAGCUGUGUAGAGAUACACGUAUGUGGCAGAACCAGCCUCGCCACUGGGCAUUGGAGAAGACUGAUUGCCAGCCUCCUGCUAUGUGACUAUGGCCCCUGGGAUGUAUUGCCUGCUCUCCUGUACUUCUGAGGAUUGCUACCAACUAGGUGGAUUUGGCUAUGGAGCUUGUGUAGUGCCCUCUGUUGGUAGCAACAGUAAUAUGUACUACCUGCAUAGCAAGACUGGUAAUUUGCAUAUUCGGGUAGAUUUGCAUAUUGCUAAUUCUGCAUGCAGGAGAGACAUUUUGUGUUAAUUAUGGUCUUCCCCACCCAUUUAUAAAUAUGUAAUUAUGUGAUAAUAAGUCACUGUAUGUUUCCUGCUAUGAUUUGACUGUAAUUUUAUUGAGUUUUCACAACAAUGUUAAUGUAAUGACCAUAUGGGCUAGUCCCAAGUAAAAUAAAGUUUUAGACAGUUCUACUUCACCCUCAAUUUGGAGUCCUGUCUCUUAUUGGGGGAAUCUGCUACAAAGGAUUGCUAUGCUCUGCAUAUUCCCUUGCUAUAAUCACUCCUAAGCUCUUUUAAGAGCUUGUUCCUGCUUUGCUUUGAAGGAAGAGAGAAUCCUCAAGAAGUGCUAGGAGCAUCCAUCAACGGAGGUACCCGGUCGGGGUGCCAGGGUGCCAGGUGAUCCGUUACAACCUAGAACAUACAGUUACUGUGCCUGCAUUGUCUAUGUAGCUGUGUAGUUAUACACCUAGGACAUACAUUUACGGUGCAUGCAUUGUCUAUGUAGUUAUACACUUAGGACAUACAGUUACGGUGCAUGCAUUGUCUAUAUAGCUGUGUAGAAAUACUGAUUAUCUCAUGGAAAAAAAAAAGCUUAACCCAUGUUAUAAGUGAUUUUUAAUAUUUUAUUAAAUAAAAUUCCAGAGAAACUAUAGUUCUCCUAUAAAACUAACAUUUCCACUGUCCUUUAUGGCUUUCUAGCCCGUCCCUGUCUACUUCCUGUUUAGUGUCACAUUUUAUGUACCCAUGAGCCUUUUAUCGUCUGUUUUCACAUUAGUUUGUACAUAAUGGCUGUUUUGUAUGUAAGCAGUUUAUGUAAGACAAACUAGCUCUGUGUUCCUUUAAAACCUUUGCCACAGGCUUUAUCUAUAGAUCUGAUUGUUGUCAUUCCCUUUCAUCCAGUUAUACAGUAUGUUGGUCAGUAUCUUUCAUGUCUGCUAUACAGUGUUGUUUCUUAUCUUCUUUCUCUCAUUCAUCUCAGGUCGAGGCCUUCCUGCAGGACUCGCAGAGGUAGAAAUGAUAGAACGAGCUCGAGAGAAGAGAGCAUGGGAAGCCUCUCUUCCCCCUCUGAGUGAUCUGUCACAGCUUGAAAAGAGGAGAAAGAUGAUGGAUGAGCAGGAAAGAAAGGAGUGGGCCUUCCGAGAAAGGGAGAUAGAGAAGUAUGAUUUAUAUUGUGCCUUCAGACUAAUGGCGGUAUCCGACAAUCUACAGGAAAAAUAA